AUGUCGAUCAAACGAAGAAGACGCCUUUCAAACAACAGCCGAUGGACAGAGGAGGAAAGGAACAAUCUCUGGCGCCUGCGUCAACAGAACCUGGGGAUCAAUUGGGAGGAGUUCAACGAUCGCUUCUUUCCUCUUCGUACCAAGGCGGCUCUCACGAAGGCUUAUUCGGAUUUGAAAAUACAACGCACGUCCAGCAACUCCAAUGACGUUUCCCAAAACAACAAACGCAAGAACCCCGCCGGAGAGGCGAUGAAGCCGAAACGACGACUGAGCGCUUUUGUUGUGUCCGAUGAAGAGUCCAAAUCUGUCUCACUGACAGAAGAGAGUGAUAUUGGAGACAGUGAUACCGAAGAUUCUGACGCUGGAGAUAUCCCUUACGACGAUGGUUUGUCGAGACAGACACUCUAUAGACCACCACCCUCGAACCCCCCCAAUCGUAACUCCAGCGCUCUCUCGAUCGUGAAGGCUCCCCGGUUCACCGCUAAAAGAACGGGUCCCAGUCGUCUUCCAGCAGCAAAGUCGACGAAUCCCGCGAUAAGGCCCGUCAAAGUCCAGAACUCAUCUAACGGCGGUACUGCGGCUGCUCCAUCUGCCACUAGGACUAAACGUACUCAGAUCCUACCGGCCAAUUCAAAACCGACUCAUGGUCCUGGACCACAACCCACAUCUACCAAGAGCACGAAUCAACCUGCUGCGGACGCUGCACCAGAUGUCACUGAUGAAUCAUACACACUGCUCUCCCGAAGCUUCCACUAUGCAGCCAAUAUCUUCGCACAGUAUCCGCAGGUGACAGCUCGAGCAGAGAAAGCAGAGAAAGAAAACGCAGAGAAAGACAGACUCAUCAAAGAGCUGCAGUCGUCACACGAAGCCGAAGUGUCUGAGUUGCGAGAUCGCUUGGUCACUCAGAAUAAGAUGCUGAGUGAGCAGGUAGCUGUGAUUGAACGCUUCCAGAUGCGACUCAAGGCAAGUGAAAACCAAGCAAGUCAUGUUCAGAAUCUGGAACGCGAGUUGGCAGGAUUGAAAAGGGACCUUUACUCCGAAGCUCAAGAUUGAAAGCCUCUACAGGGAAGACUAAUACGUAUUAUACUAAGCAACACAC